UCUUAAUUUCAAAAACCUCUCCUCUCUAGUAAUAUUCAUUUGUUUGAUUCUAAAGUUUAAAACAAAAAUGUCAAAUUAAUAUCAAUCAAACCACUCCUGAACACCACCACCUACACAGCAAACUAAACCAAACAUCUCAAAAUUUUAGUCAUUUAACAUUUUAUGUGUCUAUCCAGAUUAUUCAGCGCUGCAAAGGUAGCGCUGCAAGGAGUUACACCAAGUUUUUUGACUUCUAAACGGAAGCCAGAGCCCCUGUUUCGGGUACCUGCUCGUCGAAUUGGCGGCUUAAUUCCUGAGAACCAGUAUGAAAAUAAUAAAAUACCGAAGAGGCUUCAACUCGGCUACGCAGCUCUACACUAUUGGGAAUGCAUUCCACUGUUCUUUUGCGUGGCCUUUGAUAUGAUCUGUGUCUUGGGCUAUGUCGGAUUAUAUGGAGGCAUAAUGCACAGGGUAGAUACCCAGUUUUCGAAGCACUGUUGGAACAAUAUCUCGCGAAAUAUGGAUCUACGGAACCCAUCAAUCCACAAGUUCGUUGUCCUUUACCAACGCUACGAACCCUGGCCCGAGAUGCAGAAUGUCUUGGACAAAAUGAAGCAGGCUGAGCACCGCAAGCAGGCGCGCCUGGACACCUGCGGAACCCCCUAGGCCUUAAAAACCUAGACUUUCUAUAUCCAUCCUUUGCUGGGCGUUAAAAGGAAAUUUCACUACUAUCUGGCCCUAUCGCUCUGCAUAAUUCAGUAGGGGCAAAUCCUUCUGAAGCGAGAAUGGUAAGAGAUGGAUAUUUAAAAGGUGUAGUGAUUCAUAUAAAAAAAGGAAAACGUAAUUUUAUAAGAAAACCUGUGAUUCACUUUUUCCAAUGUAGAUAAGUGUAACUGUAUGUCUAUUUAGCAUAUUGGCAUAAAAUAUUCGCUGUAGCAUAGCAGUUCAAACUACUAUGUCAACUUGCACUGUGCAGUGUUCUUUGAUAUGUAUGUUUAGUACAAAAAACUUAUUGUUUAAUAUAAAUUUAAUAAAGUUGUAGGUUUCAUUGUACAUUGGCUUAAAAAAUAAAGCCUUCAAGGGCACAACUAAAUUGCCAAUCUACUUUGAACGGAACCAUUGCCACGUUCCCCGUUUCUUCUAGGUACCGGAAUUAUAUAUGUAUUUCAUUUUGGAAAAAGAGUCAAGAAUGUAUUGGUUCCCUUAACUCUCAUGUCAUGACUCUUUUUCGCAUAAACUUGUUGUUUCAGCAGUUCAUUAAGAUUCAACAGUUUUUAGAUCGCAAAUAUAUUUUUUUGCAUGAA